AUGAACAAGUACACAUUAAAAUUUAAAGCCAAAGAAAUCGAGGAAAAAUAUUAGGCUUAGUCAUAGUCAAAAAAUCUAAAGCCCUUAUUUUAUGCUUUGCUUAUUAUGGCAAUGUCUUUGAAUAUUUUUUAACUGGCCAUAAAUGCAUAGAGGGAUAAUUUAGCGAUCCCCUAUAUAAAUAUGGGAUUUAUCAUUAUAUGUCUAGUUGGCUUAUACGUAAUGUACAAAAUAGAGGGUUUAACAGCAAAGAUUAUAACUAUUACUAAUGCUUAUUCUUUGUCAUUAUAAUACAAUUUUUCUGCUAAUACUCAAGCCUAGGAAUACUAUUUAUAUGGUUGUAACUUCUCGCUAAUAUAGGCUGUGAUAUACUUUUCAACUGAUUUUCAUUUAAGUUGCCCCUCUCUCCUACUGCACAUAAUUUUCCGAUAGACAUCAACAAUUUUAUUAACGAAUAAAAUAGAUAUUUAGAGUUUGUCAUUAUCUAUGGCUACAGCUAUUUUAAUUACAUGUGUUCUUUAUAUGUGUAACAAAGCUUAUAGAAUACAAUUUUUAAUGAACUAUUAAUAAGAUACUAUUAAUAAUUAGUUGCAUAAAUUAAUAAAUAAACCUUUCUCAAAGAUAUGGUUCAACGAGAAGAAACUUCAAAUUGAUGUUUAAACAACUGCUUUCUAUGAAUAAUUUGAACAAUAUACAAGUGAUUUAUGUACUGGAUGCAAUAUCAGAAGUUUUAUUAGAAGUUGUGAAGUUAACAAUAUGACAUUGGAACAAGCGUUAAUAAGUGGCUAGGUUAAAUUUUACGAGACUUUUGAAGUUAAAUUACAAAGAAAGAAAAUUAAGAUACGUUUAUGUUAAUAUAAUAUAGAUAAUAGUAUAAUACUAAUUUAAGAAAGUGUUUAAAAAGAUCCCAUUCAAUAUAAAAAGGUUUCAAAAAGUUUCUAGUAAUCUCUAUUCAAAUAAUUUAAUGCCAUCAGAAUGACUCCAUAAAAUUAAUAGUUCAAGUUUGGAACUCUAUCACUUUUAAUGUUAAGAUAAUUUUAAAUAAAAACUAUUAACAUAAGGAAAUUGAUAAGGCAUUUAAUGUCUAUCUAUUUGACAUCUAAGAAAGUAAGAUUAAAUUUUAAUGGAGAUUAUACAAUAAAGAUAAGAACUUAUGGACAUUUAAUUAAAAUAUUCUUAAUAUAAGUUUUUUGUAUUUUAUAAGAUUUAGAAUAUUAACAAAACUAUUUAGAAGAAAUAAAUAUUUUGAAUUUGGAAACAUACAUGCAAAUUAAGUUAACAAUUAUGGACUAGUAUCCUUUUUAUCCACUUUAUUUGAGGAACUAUUUUAUUGAAUAGACAGCUCCUUAUUUACUUUUAAAUCCAUUAACCUACAAUUUGGAGUUUUAAUUUAGCAAAAUAUUACCAUUUAAUGAUUUCAAUGUAGAAUGUUGA